UUCUCUCCUAUAAUGAAUAAAGCCUAUAAAAGGUCCAGCAAAUUGGAUUCAGCCUUUCUUCUUCACAGUGGCCAUGCUUGAAGGCCGAUGAGGCAGAGGCCAACAGAGAAGCUUACCUGAGGAAACCUGCUUAGUUGAGAGGUUCUCAUCCUGAACAUGAAUAAGUUGGUCCACUUCUGGCUUCUCUGCCACCUGAGCAUUGUUGUGACCCCUCAGGAUGUCACACAAGAAGCCCAAAUAUUUUUAGAAGAGUUUAACAGGAGGGCAGAAAAUAUCAGCUAUGAGAACUCCAUUGCCUCAUGGAACUACAACACCAACAUCACUGAGGAGAAUGCCAAAAAAAUGAGCGAGGCUGGCACCCGGUGGUCGGCGUUCUACGAGGAGGCGUCUGGGAACGCCAGCAGAUUCCCAGCAGACAGCAUCACAGACGACCUCACCAAGCUCCAGAUCCAGAUUCUCCAGGAAAGAGGAUCAUCUGUGCUGUCACCAGAAAAGUACAACAGACUGGGAACUGUGCUAAAUACCAUGAGUACCAUCUACAGCACUGGGACUGUCUGUAAAAUCAACAAUCCAUCUGAGUGUUUGGUGCUGGAGCCAGGUCUGGAUGCUAUUAUGGCUGACAGCACUGAUUAUUAUGAGAGACUGUGGGCCUGGGAAGGCUGGAGAGCUGAUGUUGGCAAAAUGAUGAGACCAUUAUAUGAAGAGUAUGUUGACCUUGAAAAUGAGGUUGCAAGGCUUAAUGGUUACUCUGACUAUGGAGACUACUGGAGAGCAAAUUAUGAAGCACAGUCUCCAGAAAAUUACAAAUACAGCCGUGACCAGCUGAUUGAAGAUGUGGAGAAGACAUUUGAGCAGAUAAAACCUCUGUACGAGCAGCUGCAUGCGUAUGUGAGACACCAGCUGGGGAAAGUGUAUGGCCCUGAGCUCAUCAGCCCCACAGGAGGCCUCCCUGCUCACCUCCUGGGUGAUAUGUGGGGUAGAUUCUGGACAAAUCUGUAUGCCUUGACUGUUCCCUAUCCAGACAAACCAAACAUUGAUGUAACUUCUGCAAUGCUUGAACAGAAUUGGGAUGCAAUUAAAAUAUUCAAAUCUGCUGAGGACUUCUUUGUUUCCAUUGGCCUUUAUGCCAUGACUGAGGGCUUCUGGAACAACUCCAUGCUCAUAGAGCCGACUGACGACAGGAAGGUUGUCUGCCAUCCUACAGCAUGGGACAUGGGCAAAAAUGAUUACAGGAUCAAGAUGUGCACCAAGGUGAGCAUGGAUGACUUCCUGACGGCGCACCACGAGAUGGGGCACAUCGAGUACGACAUGGCCUACGCGGCGCGGCCCUUCCUGCUGCGCGGCGGCGCCAACGAGGGCUUCCACGAGGCCGUCGGCGAGAUCAUGUCUCUGUCUGCGGCCACGCCGCGGCACCUCAAAGCUCUCGGGCUCCUGGAGCCCACUUUCCAGGAUGAUGAAGAAACUGAAAUCAACUUUCUGCUCAAACAAGCACUAACGAUAGUUGGAACAAUGCCUUUUACUUACAUGCUGGAGAAGUGGAGAUGGAUGGUGUUUAGGGGUGAGAUUACAAAGGAGGAAUGGACCAAACGGUGGUGGGAGAUGAAGAGAUCCAUAGUUGGUGUUGUGGAACCAAUCCCUCAUGAUGAAACCUAUUGUGACCCUGCCUCACUGUUUCAUGUGGCCAAUGAUUACUCCUUCAUAAGGUAUUACACCCGUACCAUCUAUCAGUUCCAGUUCCAGGAGGCACUUUGCAAGGAAGCUAACCAUACUGGCCCUCUUCACAAAUGUGACAUUACCAACUCCACUGCAGCUGGGGAGAAACUCAGUAAAUUGCUGGCAUUAGGGAGAUCGAAUCCCUGGACUCAAGCAUUGGAAACUGCAACAGGAGAAAAAUACAUGAAUGCAACUCCCUUGCUCCACUACUUUGAACCUUUAUAUGAGUGGCUGAAGAAAAACAAUUCUGGCAGAUUCGUUGGCUGGAAAACAGACUGGGCUCCAUAUUCUAGUGAUGCCAUCAAAGUGCGCAUCAGCCUGAAGUCAGCCCUGGGGGACCAGGCGUAUGAAUGGGAUGACAGCGAGCUCUUCUUGUUCAAGUCAUCCAUUGCCUAUGCCAUGAGGAAAUACUUUGCAAAGUGGAAGGAACAGGAAGCUGAAUUCGAAAUUAAAGACAUUCAUGUUGGACAGCUGACAGACAGGAUCUCCUUCUACAUUACUGUCAGCAUGCCGGGUAAUGUCACUGAUAUUGUGCCCAAAGCUGAUGUGGAAAAGGCUAUCAGCGAGUCUCGAGGACGAAUCAAUGAGGCUUUCAGACUGGAUGAUAAUACACUGGAGUUUGUGGGAAUACUGCCAACCCUGGCUGCACCUUAUGAACCACCAGUAACCAUCUGGUUAAUUGUCUUUGGGGUGGUCAUUGGUCUGGUUGUCGUUGGAAUUAUUGCCUUGAUCAUCACUGGGCAAAGAGAUCGCAAAAAGAGAGCAAGAGAAAGCAGAGCUGAAGCAGGAUCAAAUCAUGAAGUGAACCCUUAUGGUGAAGAGGGAAGAAGCAACCUGGGCUUUGAGUCAGCUGAAGAGACACAAACAUCAUUUUAAAAGGUGUGGGUACACUAAGGGCUUCUGGAUUUUUUUCAUUUCACUUUUAACAAUAGUGCCUCAAAAAGGAGAAAAACACUGUGGAUGUUAUCAAACAAUGGCUUCUGGUUGACCAUUAAUCUACUGGUUCAUGGCCAAGGAACUAAAUCUGCUGUCAGUGUGGUAACUAGAAAACAUGCAUGGCUUUUGUACGAAUUAUGUGCAUAACAUUACACACCACUUGUGCUGCUUUCAUAUGUGUGCUGCAUCCAUCUUCUGUUUCCUGUGUAAAGAGAUACAAAGGCUUGGAAGUCUACAGUUGUAUACAGACCCCAAGAUAUACAAUACAUGAAAAUAACUCAUAUAUUCCUAAAGAACUUCUUGAUCUUUCCAGAUGGAAACCUCAGAAGUGUUUCUAAAGACAGUGAUGAAAAACCCUUGACUAUCAGAAGAACUUUGGUGAUAAAGAACUCAAUUUGAUAUAAUUGCAAUUUUUUGCACCUUCAAGAAAUCUGUAUCAAUGUAAAAUGGAUACUGGAUGAAGACUAACAAGAACUGAAGGUUUAUUAGAAAAUUAUAAGUUAUUUUUCUAACUCUUUGCUUGAUAAGUACUGUAGAGAUGAACCAGCCCAUACUCCCUAAAAAAAUAUAUAUAUAUUUUAUGUUGACAUUAAAAAUGGAAACUUCCUUAAUACUAAAUGA